AUACUCACGAAGCUGUUUGUCCGCCUAUCGUCAAACUAUUAUUCAGUUCACCUGAGACGAAAUACUCCAGAGCUACUACACCGAGAAAUAUACGGUGUAUCACGAACCAAUAGCUAUCCAAUCCGUCACAAUGGCAUCCCAGGCCCCUUUGAUCCCCCGAUUGCAUCUCUGGGAGAUUGACGACCAGCCGUGGUUCCCCUCCUUCCUCCGCGCAUACGUCCAAGACGGCCUAACGCACGCCUGGACCGUCCACAUCCCGUUUUUGCAGCCCAGCAGCCCCGCGACCAUCGCAGCCGAGACCCUGCGCAAUGUACUCGGCAGCUCCGUCUCGCGGUACACCUACAUCGACUUCUGCGCCGGAGCCGGUGGUCCCACGCCUUUUAUCGAGCGAGCUUUGAACAGCCAACUCGCGCGCGCGGCGACGCACCGGGUCCCCGCGACCGCACAAUCCGCCAUCGUGGACGGCGAGAGCCGGGCUGCUGCAGAUAGCACGCCUAGCUACGCGGCGGUCGCCAACCCCAAGGCCGAGUCUGCUACUGUCCAGGAAGAGGACAGCCAGGUAGAUUUCGUGCUGACCGAUUUGCAUCCGCACGUCGAGUCCUGGGAAGCUGCUAGUAAGAAGAGCGAUCGGCUAUCGUAUGUCGCACGCCCCGUCGACGCCGCCAGCGCGCCUGCCGACCUACUGCGGCGGUAUACGGGGAAGAACGGCGGGAAGGGAAUUUUCCGGCUAUUCAACCUAGCAUUCCACCACUUCGAUGACGAGCUAGCUCGCGCCAUCCUAAAGAACACGGUCGAGACUAGCGAUGGGUUCGGCAUCUUCGAGCUACAGGACCGGACCCCCACCGGCCUGCUGACGUGCUUCGCCUUCGGCUUCUUCAUCUUUCUAAUCGCUCCGCUGCUAUAUUGGUGGUCACCCAUGCGCUUGUUCUGGGUUUACGUUAUCCCUGUCGUCCCCUUUGUGCUUGUCUUCGACGGUCUUAUUUCGUGCCUACGUACCCGUACUGCCGACGAGGUUGAGGCCCUGCUACGCACCUGUGGUGCGAACAGCGACGGCUGGGAGGUCAAGAGCGGAAAGGAGCAGUUUCUUUGGCCCUGCGGAUAUUUACACUGGAUCAUCUGCACCAAGAAGGCUACAUAAGGACCGAGAAUAUUCGGGCCGUAGGGUAGGGGGUAUGUCGGUGUAAAGCAUAAGUAUCAUAUAGUCACUUAUAGUUCUUGCCCCCUUGUACAAAAAAUUAUUUGGUUGCAUUCCGCAAAGUACAAAAUAUAUGAAAACGAUGAUAAUAUGUACAAAUGGUAUUUUCCUUAGUCCCCCGUAAAUGACCUUGGCAAUGCUUCCCAUGAUAACCGCUGGACGCCCCCGUCGCUUUCUACAUAGACAGUUAAGCGAACUAAAAGAUAAUUAAAGAUGGGUAAUCAACAGCCGGGGCUGACAAAUUAUUUCGUCAACCAACCAAGAUAAUCUACAACAAUUAAGGUCACCAUGCUAC